AUGGGCCCCUGUACCGCCUCCUCAUGCUGCUGCCAGGUCCGUAAUCUGCCAUGGGCCCCCGUACCGACUCCUCAUGCUGCUGCCAGGCCCGUAAUCUGUCAUGGGCCCCUGUACCGCCUCCUCAUGCUGCUGCCAGGUCCAGAGUGUGUCAUGGGUCCCUGUACGGCCUCCCAUUGCUGCUGUCUCCAUCGCCAUACUCUGCCAUGUGCCACUUUCAGGUCUCCUCACACUGCUGGUGGGUUCCAUUUUGUCAUAGGGUGCUGGCAGAUUACGGGCCUCCCAUUGCUGCUGCCAGGCCCGUAAUCUGCCAUGGGCCCCCGUACCGACUCCUCAUGCUGCUGCCAGGCCCGUAAUCUGUCAUGGGCCCCUGUACCGCCUCCUCAUGCUGCUGCCAG